GUUCAUGUCCCUGAAGUUGGGAAAAGCUGUACCCAGAUUGAAGAUGGAAGAGCCACAGGGGAUUUUCUCUGCCGAUGGUGGCUGCGGCGGUGACAUUGUCACAGAAAAGUGCCUGCUUGAAUCUAAGGAGCCCGUGUCCCACGUUCAGCUUGCUUGUGGCCUGCAGUGCUGCGCUUUCCCUUUAGAUGGGAAGGAACUUUGCGUGUGGAGCACCAAGGACCCUUCUUACCAGCCUCUGAUCCUAAGAGGACACCGUCAGCCGAUCACCGCUGUGACGCUGGGAAAUACACUGAGCCCACUUCUCGUCUGCUCUGCAUCACAAGACUGUGUUAUGAUGUGGAGUCUGGAUGAGUGCAGACAGAAAGCACUUCUUGGGCUGACUCCUCGGGGGCGUGUCCUGGGCACCCUGCUGGGGAAGGUGCUGUAUUUGAGGCUGAGCCCGGACGAUCGAGCAGCUGCAGUGUGUGCUGGGAACAAAAUCUUUAUGCUGGAUACCGAGAGCCCGUCUACACUAGCUGUGCUGGAGGGCCACCAGGCCCCCGUGACUGCAGCGGAGUUCUGUCCAUGGCAAACACACAUCAUCAUUUCGGUGUCUGAAGACAGAAGCUUUAAGGUCUGGGACCAUCAGGCGGGAUCGUCCCUGUACAGCUCAGCAGUGCUAACAGCUGCCCCCCUCCUGAGGCUCCUCAUGGUUGAACAGAGCAGGCAGCUGGUGGUGGGAUGUGCGGACGGCCAGCUCUGGGUCUUCAGUCUGGUUGGAAGACAUCAUUGUCGUUGUGUGACCCGAGCCGACCUGAGGAAGAAGAGAGAGUCCUUCUCCAGGAGGCUUGCGUCCAGGUUGUGCAGUCUGCCAGUUCUGUGCCUAGAGGAGAGUCGGCCGCCCUGCGCACACAGCCUGGAGGAAGGGGACGAGGUGGAAGGAGGCCUCCCCGUGCUGGCACUGGCCCCGUGGGACCUCUCACUCCCGUGCGGCUCUGGGUGUGGACGCCUUCCUUCUGAGAGUGCCCCGUGCGUGUGGGUUGGCAGUUCGGCAGGCCUAUUCCUCUUUAAUUUGGUGAACUUUGAACUGGAAGCCGUUUUACAUUACAAGGAUUUCGGGGGCCUCAGCAUUCAGGUUGCCGGGUCGUGUGCGAUGAUGAGUGGGGCCGGAGAGCAAAAGGUUAGUCCCGAAACACGUGCCGUCCUCGGACCCUGCCUAGCGCAUCGGCGUGCUUCUCUCUUCCACGCGGGGGAGCGUGACCUGGCCGUCUGCUUACUCGCGUCCAUGUUUGGUGGUCAGAUCGCCUUGUUGGAGCUCCGUCUCGCAGCCCUGGUGCGGCGUCAGCAAGGUCCCGGCGCCGGGAGGAGCCUGUCGGUGCUGCCUCGUGGCUGCGUCCUCUCCACGUCUCCGCUGCACUUCAGAGCCGCCGAGGAGCCCAGGACCACGCCGGCACCUCAGCGACAACCAGUGGUGCGGAGCACCGUUCGGGACCAGCCCCUGGUUUUCCACAGCAAAGUGAGGUCGUCUGGGUACGCGACCGCCCCGCACGUAACUAUGUUUUCACCAAAGACCAACAGCAGGUGUCCUGGCGACAGCCCUUCACGACACAGGAGCAGACACAGGCGUAAGGAGUACCCUUUGGAGAGUUCUCCGCCAACCAGACUCCACGGGCAGCGAGUCCUCAGCCACGGGCCAGCCGCCGUGCGCUGUGUCCAGUUCUCAGGAGAUGGACGAUGGCUGGCCUGUGGCUUAGCCAACCACUUGGCGCUGGUCUUCCGUGCUGAUCUCACCGGGACACCCACUGUCUUCUCAGGUCAUGACGGGGCAGUGAGCACCGUGUGCUGGAGUCACAACGGCAGGUGGCUGCUGUCGGCCUCCCUGGACGGGAUGCUGAGGGUGUGGACGCUGCGUAGGGCGGAGCUGGUGCUGUGUGUGGGCAGAGCCCUGUGUCCGAAGCCCGUCCGCUGCGCACAGUUUUACUACAUGGACACUUUCAUACUGUCUUCUGCCGGCCCUGAACUCCAGCUCCUGAAGUACCACAUCGACACGAGCAAGGACGAGAGAAGAAGAUACAGACAGAAGAGCAGCUGCAGACCUGUUUUCAGGCUUCCUACAGCUGGUCCAGCCGAGAUCACCAGUUCAUCCGCCGUGAACGACUUUUAUUCCUAUCUGGUGCUCACAGCAGGCCGGGACAGGGGCGUGGAGGCGUUCGACCUCAACGCGGGCCGCAGCGCAGCCGUGAUCGCGGAAGCCCACUCACGGCCCGUCCACCAGAUCUGUCAGAACAAGGGAUCAUCCUUCACGACCCAGCAAUGUCAGCUGUAUAACCUUUUUGCCACCACAGCUGUUGGCGAUGGGAUAAAGCUGUGGGACUUGAGAACCCUGAGAUGUGAACGCCGUUUUGAAGGACAUCCGACCCACAGUUACCCAUGCGGAAUUGCUUUUAGCCCUUGUGGACGCUACGUGGCUUCUGGUGCCGAGGACAGACACGCGUACGUGUAUGAGAUGGGCUCGAGCACAUUUUCUCACAGACUGGCCGGACACACGGACACCAUCGCUGGCGUGGCCUUCAGCCCGUCAGUCCCCCAGAAACAGAAGUACUUCAAGGUGUUCCUGCCUGGCUCCGAUGCUUUCAGAUGUCAGACCCAAGCUUGCCACCGCCACCCUGGACGGCAAACUGCAGCUGCUUGUAGCCGAGUGAUGCGGCUGGCUGGUGCGCGGGCACGAGGGGACGCACCUCCAGGCUCUGGGCCCGUGAGCGGCGGCUCUGAGUCCCGCACGCUGCUCUCCUGCCCGCAGGACGGUCCCUCCUGGAGAAACGGAGUUGGCCUCCGGCGCUUGCGCACAGGACGCGGUCAAGUCACAACAGAGUUUUCUUCAAUAAAAAGUGACCCAGGGUUUGUUUCCUACCAGACUCUGUGGGCGAGGGGGCCUCGCUGGGUGGUGGGCUCGCAGCCUCCACACUGCCUGCCCUGCUCCUGCCCGCUGAACGGGGCCCCUGCACACAGUCUGGCUCCCCGGCCCUUCCUCCCAGCUGAGCCGGGGCCCCGUGGCCUCCACACGAGCCCCCACAGAGUUGAAUAGAUGUUCUGGGGACAGACGACAGGGAUCUGCCCUCCAAAGUCCCAGAACCAAGUCUCUCUGGGACCCACCAAGAGAGUCUGGAAGCUUCUAGAACAGUUCCAGAUGGCAAAUGGGCACCGGCAUGCAGUGCCACCCAGCCUGGAGACACCCCGGUAAAUUCUACCACCAGCCAACCCAUCCCUUCGCCCCCCUCCUUCCAAGAGCUGUUGCUCACUGGCUUUGCCCCCUGAGAAACCACGGGUCCAACCCCAGGCUCCACGCCGGAAUGUUCACACAGA